UUACAACUGAGGCGCACGGAAGAGUUGCGACGGGGAUAACAUCCCAUACAUGCUUGUUGAAAGAAAUGGCAGAAAUCAAAGUCGAAAUGGCAAAAAUCAAAGGCAUGAUCCAGAAGCAGAAAGAACAGUCUAGAAUGCCAUGUCAGCGUUGUCACCGUCCCGUCGGGGCACACGAUGGCACCGUCACAUCAGUGAGCGGUUCUACCACAGUUGAAACUAGCGGUCGGCAUGAAGACAGCAUGGGAAUUUUUCAUCAGAUGUUUGUUAUUGUCAAUGACAAAGUGGAUACCAUCCUUGCCAGAUCCCAGGACAUUGGAGCUCGCAGGCUGGUAAACAACUUGAAUCGUGAUGAGGAGAACGAUGUAUUGGGCUCAUCACAAGGACAGGUUGUGAGUAAUUCACGGAAUGCGACAACGAAGCCGCAGAAAGGUACAUUCCCUUGGGCACAGAUGACCACGAGAUGCGCGUACAUGGUGUAUCAUUUCGGACAUGCGGAUACUCGAAAAGGUCCAUUCAAGCGCCUUAGAGGGAUUGACUUUCCCACGAAAUAUGACGGCAAGAGGCAUUCUGAUAUGAAAUAUCUGUUCGAACGCAUCAAAGAGGAGGCUGAAGCUCUUGGGAUUUACAAGGCUGAUCCCAAUCGCGAGGAGGCAGGUUUCAUAUUUGAUCAAUGCGAAAAUUAUCUCUUCGAAGAGUACGAGAAGGUCACUAAGACGGAAACAAAUGGUGACAUGUCAAGAUUUACGCAACUGUGUUGGAUGACAGUGGUGGGUGUGCUGAGAGGCAACAGAAAGCGUCGCCGGAAGGCUGUGAGACCUGAGACUUAAGUAAAUGAAUUUGACAAGAGC